AUGACUCCGAGAAAGCUGUGUAGCUACACUCGGACUUGCACCAAGUAUGCAACCAAUGCCCUGAUGCCCAACUAUUUUCAUCAGGUCGCAGCUCAAGAAGCGAGACAUCGCGACAAGCCUGGCAAGCGAUUCGGAUAUGGCUACGAUCACGAAAACAAUUGGCUCUUUCAGCUUCCCAUUGUCCGUCUCUACAGUGGCGUGCCAAUGGUGGCCAUCUUCUUCAUGAUUUCGGGCUAUGCCCUGGCUCUCAAGCCCUUGUCUCAUAUUCGUUCCGGAUCAUGGGAUCAGCUUACGGAUAGUAUCGGCUCCGCGAUUUUUCGCAGAGGAAUACGUUUAUUUCUGCCCGCUUUCGUGACAACGUUCCUUGUCAUGAUUAGCAUCCGACUUCGCCUCCAAGACUUUCCUGGCUACUCGAUACUGCCAGGAGUCAUCGAACCACGCCCUCGGCACUUCGCAGGCCAUUACGAACAGCUUCUCAACUGGUGUCAUUUCUUCGUUGCAGAAUUGACAAAUCCAUGGGAUUGGAAAGUUCACGAUUACGCUUAUGACUCUCACCUAUGGACCCUCCCGAUCGAGUUCCGAGCAUCGAUGAUACUCUUUCUGUUUCCCAUAUGCAUAUCCAGGUUCCAACUACUGUUCCGAUCGGUCUUAGCCUCUGCUCUUUGGAUCUACUGCAUGUAUUGCGACAAGUGGCAUGUCGCUCUGUUCAUCAGUGGCAUGUGUUUUGCUGAUAUUUCGCUUGAGACUCGGCCUUCACUGCAGAAUCGAACAUCGUAUAAGCACCUUGUAUACAUAUUGCCUCUCCUCAUUCUUGGUCUUCAUCUCCUCUCCUUCCCCAUUCGACACAGUGGUGAGACCAUGGGCUAUAUCUGGUUAUCUUCGAUCACGGCAAAGUAUACAAAUUGGCACACCAUUGGGGCUACGUUGGUACUGUGGUCUCUAAACAGCUCUGAGGUAUUAGAGAAUAUGUUUACCUCAUCGUUCUCAGGAUACCUUGGAAAGAUCAGCUAUGCGUUGUAUCAUGUCCAUGGGUCUGCGUUACACACUUUUGAAUAUGGCACGGUUUCAUUUAUCUGGACUGUAAUCGGCAAAGAGACAAGGAUCAAGUAUGAAGGCGGUUUGAUUCUGGGAUUUCUGUUGGUGGCUCCAGUUGUAUUCUGGUGGGCAGAUGUUUUUGAGAGACUCGUUGAUCGGCCAAGUGUUGAAGUAGCCCGGUGGUUGUACGUGAGAGUCUUUCUCGCCGACUGGAAGUUGCUUAUCGGUAGUCAAAUGAGUGCAGGAUGGCAUGCCGGAAGCACAAGAAAAUCCAACACUUUUGCACGCUGGUACAAGAGAGCCACACCACGUGUACACUCUCAGCGUACAAGUCUAAAGAUUGAAGUCAAUUGA